AUGGGCCUCGUGUAUUCAAGGGCAGCCGACCUGAUCACACUCCGCGGCUUUGCCAGCGACCCAUGCCGCAGUUGUGUGAUGGUCCACCCUCGCGCCCAGCCACCGCCCUAUGUGCAGGAGGCAAUGAGGCUGGCAGAGAGCUAUGCGGGCGCGCAUUGUAAGAGCAUCGCCGUGGGGCCGUCCCGGGGAUCCCCCCCAACAUCAGCAGCCUUCUUCGGCUCUGGAGCAGUGGAGUCCCUGAAGGGCCAACUUGCAGCCCUUGACCCCCACACGGUGUUUGUGAAUUGCAUGCUGAGCGGAGUGCAGCAGCGGAACCUGGAGGCGGCCUGGCAGCGUCCCGUAACGGACAGGGUCGGCCUUAUCAUCAAGAUCUUUGCCCAGCGCGCUCGCACACGAGAAGCCCGCCUGCAGGUGGAAAUGGCGUCUCUGGACUACAAGGUGUCCCGGCUGGUGCGCUCGGUGGAUGCAGCCACCGGGCAGCGGGCGGGCUUCGGAGAGGGGGGCCUCACAGAGGUUGUCAGUGCAAGGGAGAGGGGAAGGAGCGGGGGGACCUCGGGGGGUCUGGGUGGAUCGGCAGGUGGCGGAGAGACGGAGUUGCAGCUGCAGCGGCGGCGCAUCAGAGCGCGCAUCAAAGCCCUGAAGCGCCAGCUGGCAGAGGUGAGGCAGACGCGGGUGACUCAGCGGGCAGGCAGGCUCCGCGCGGGCAAGCCGGUCUGCGCGGUCGUGGGAUAUACGAAUGCCGGAAAGUCGUCGCUGGUGUCAGCGCUGUCAGGGGAUGAUGUCGGCGUGCAGGACAGGCUGUUUGAGACGCUGGACCCCACAAUGCGCCAAGUGAUGCUGCCCUCGGGCAGGGGCGCCAUCCUGUCAGACACCGUCGGCUUCAUCUCCGACCUGCCUCCCUCGCUCAUCAAGGCCUUCCAGGCAAGCAACCUCACUCUUUAUAACAUCAGAAUUCUUUGUCCAGUCCUUGCAACGCUGGAGGAGGUGGUGGAAGCAGAUCUGCUGCUGCAUGUCAUGGACGGCAGCAGCGAGCAGAUGCUGCAGCAGCGCGACGCCGUGCUGGCCGUCCUGCGGCGCCUCGGCGUGUCGGAGAUGCGCCUGCAGAAGAGCCUCAUCGAGGUCGUCAACAAGUCGGAUAUCUUCCCUGGCACAGCUUCCCAGUCGCCAGACGAUACUGACCUAUCAGCGCCUGAUGUGGCCGAGCCAGAUUUGGCAGCGCCUGAUUUGGCAGAGCCUGAUUUGGAGGCGUCUAAAUUGGAUACACCCUCCAGCAGCUGUGGGGCUCCUGAAGAGGCUGGGGAGGUAGAGGGGCCAUGGCUGCACGGGGGCGAGGUGCCCUCUGCAAAAGGGAGCGCAGACACCCAAGCGCUGUCAGACGGGAGCGUGGAAAAGCAGGACAGCGGCGCAGAUGCCUCAUGCAGUGGGCAGCAAGAGGCAGGAUCCCUCAGCAAAAAAACCAGCAGUGGUGAGACGGCCGAUAGGGAAUUGGGCAUGCAGCGGGAAAAGAGCAGGGGUGGAUUUUGUGGGCGGGGGGUGGAGAAGGAGGGAACGUGUCGAGAGACAGACGGCCACAGCGCUGCGCUGGACUGGGCGCGCGGCCGGGCCGGCCGCCAGCCGAGCGUGGUGGUGACAUCAGCGGUCACAGGGGACGGCCUGGAUGACCUGCUGCUAGAGAUGGACAAAAAGGUGAGUCUGAAGUUUGCAAUGAGGGAGCUGAGCGAGGGGGCGAUCCGAAUGGGGCCACGCGUGUUGACUGAAAACAUUGUGGGCCCAGUUGUACCGGGGGCAGAGCAGGAGCUGAAGCUGAUAGUCCAUGUGGAGCACGAGGUUCGGAGGGGCUUCUGGCAGAGGAUACACUUGUCUCACAGCUCCUUUGCAGCCACAGGCAGCAUCAGCUGGAGGCAGGGUGUGUGCCUGAAGAGGCCAGGGGAAUUGGACCUGGCGAGACAGGCAGGGGAGAAUUCCUCGCCCUCUCGUGCCCCCGCCAGCACAGAGGGAAGUAUGCGAAGAGACAGCCGGGCCGCGGUUUAUGAGGACGCCGGCAGCUCCCCAACCUCCCACAAGGCAGACCCUCAGGGGGUGGGUUCACAGGGUACAUCCACUGGUGACAACGCCGUCUGA